UUAAUUUGAAAUUUUGUUUAGUUUUAAGUGAAAAAAAAAAUAUUUGAAAUAAUGGAAAGUACAGUAAUUGAAAAAUUUAAUGGAGUUUAUUUACUGUACUGUGAAAAUGUCAAGUUUAAGGGACGUACUUAUAUAGGUUAUACUGUCGAUCCGGUAAGGAGAUUGAAACGUCAUAAUGCGGGCUUUGAUUUUGGUGGCGCGAAAAAAACGAGCAAUAAAGGACCUUGGAACAUGGUUUUAAUUAUUCAUGGCUUCCCUAAUUCUCGAUUGGCGCUCCGGUUUGAAUGGGCGUGGCAGCAUUUGGAUCUAAGUCUGCACACCCGUCACUUGUCAAAAAAAAAAUCAAAUCAAACCCAAGUUAAUUAUUUGAUAACUUCAGUAGCGGAAAUGCUAAAAGUCUCUCCCUGGUUUCGGCUCCCGCUGACAAUUCAGUGGCUCGAUUUAAAAUUUUCAAGUGACUAUUUAUUGAAACUUAAAUUUCCUCAGCACAUGAAUAUUCAGUACGGAGCAAUUGAGGCCAAAAAAAUAGGAUGGGUCGAAAAACAAAUGAAGAAAAAAAAUAAAAUAAAUGGAGAUCAAGAUAAAAUUGAUGAUUUUGAGGAAAUUAAUUGUAUUAGUAGUUUUAAUAAUUGUUAUUUAUGUAAAAAAAAUGUCGACCUUAAUGACAGAGUUGAGUGUGUGUACAAAAACUGUAAAUUAAUUAGUCAUAUUAUUUGCUUAGGAAAUUUAUUUACAAAAAAUGAUAAAAAAAUUCUUCCUAUAAAUGGAAUUUGUCCAUCGUGUGAUAAAUUAGUAUUGUGGGGUGACAUUGUUAGAAAAAAAUUAGGUUGUUAUGUUAAUAUCGAUUAAUUAAUAAGUAUUAAUUAAUUAAUUUAAUUUAAUUUUUUAUAUUUUUAUUUUUUUGGAGUUUUUUUGAAUUUCUGACUCAAGUUAUUGAGAUAGGGUAAAAAUGUACUGAAAUAAUUUUGUAGGGAAUUUAAUUUUGAACAAAAAAAGUCCUUAUAAAUUUUUGGAUAAAUUUGAAACUUUAGACAGAAUUUUGAAUUUAAAUUAUAGAGUUUUUUUCUGCUGGGGAAAUUUAAAUUUCCCGCGGCUUUAAAUCAAAAUUGUGGGUUAAAUUUUGCAGAUACGAAAAAAAUGUAAGAUACCUUUUUUGUCAAGAAUUUAAUUCUAAACAAAAAAGUCCUUAUCAAUUUUUGGAUAAAUUUGAAACUUUAGACAAAAUUUUGAAUUUAAAUUAUAAACUUUUUUUCUGCUGGUAGAAAUUUAAAUUUCCCGCGGCUUUAAAUCAAAAUUGUGGGUUAAAUUUUGCAGAUACAAAAAAAAUAUAAGAUACCUUUUUUGUAGAGAAUUUAAUUCUCUAUAAAAAAGGUCCUUAUCAAUUUUAUGAUAAAUUUGAUAGUUUUGUCACAAGAGAAGAUGUAAGUUCAUAC